GUGACUGUGACAGUAUACCACUAAAAAAAAAAGUCGUUUUAAAAUGGCCGCCGUUAAACUAAACCUUAGCUUACAUUCAAAAGCAAGAGAAGGAUUUAAUGACCAUCGAAACAUUCAACUAUUAAAUCUUCCCCCGAGCACUGAAGGGGUGAGAGAAAAUAUUUUUUGGGGGACCUAUUUUGUUUGGGCUAGCACCGACGUUAAGUGCAUAUAAAUUAUAUAAAAAAAAAAAAGCUUGCUUACUUUUUUACUUUUUACAAGUUGUAGUCAAAUCAAAUAUUUAAUUAUUUUAUAAUUUAUAUUUCUAUAAUAAUAUUAUUAAUAUAGUCAGUAUAGUAACUGUGACAUUUUGUAGCAAGUAAACCUAUGCCUAUGCCUAACAACUUCAACUACCACCACAACAAACAAUGUGAUGCAUCACAUUAAAAUUAAUGUUAUAAUGGGUUAUUAAAGAUUAAGAUAGUAAUAGUAAUGACUGAGUCUGAGAGUAAUGAAACCAAUUUUCCAAAUAAUGGGCCUAAACUUUUACUUUUUGGUAAAUAUUCAAUUCUAUACAAAUCAAUACCACCAACAUAUUCGUUAUAAUGAUGGGGGGGGGGGGGGAAUGGUCUCAGUAGAAAGUACUCCAGGUUUUAAAAAAAACCAACAUUUUUCAUCCAGAAACUCUAAAAGUCGAAAAAUAGCAUAUUUAUAUCUCGAAUGCUGUAAAAAUAUCACACUGCAAUGUUUUGUACGAAAUAUUGACAUAAUGUUGCCAUUUAUUUUCACAAAUGAACUGGCCAGAUAUACUAAGUAGUAGAGGUACUAUUAAUGGUAAUAUUUAGUCCAUCAUAUAUUUUGUUAGGCUAUGUCAUUGGUUCUAAAAUUUUGUUUCCCGACACCUAUUCCAAAUUCAGAUUUUCACCAAGCUCCCUGUGUUAAAUUCGAACAAGUACACUUCCAAAUAGCAAAUACAUAAAUAAAAUAAAGGGUUGUGUAGUAGGGUGGCCCAAAAACUCAACUUUCACCUAUAGAGCAAGACACCCUCUAACUUUUUUCCUUAUAGCAAACCUUUAAUUAGGGCAGAGUUUCAGCCUCUUGUGCCAACUGCAAGGUGAUGCUCAACGACCAUGGAUUUUCAAAAUUUCAUCGAAAUUUGCUGAACUUUCAUGCAAUUUACAUUUUGCAUAUUUACUUACUGUAUCGUGUUCUUUGUGUUAUAUUUUACUUACUUAGGGUUGGCUGUUUAACUAUUCUAUGUCAUAACUUCCUGUUUAGUGUUACUGUCACAGAGCUAAGUUGAGUUAAGGGAGUUAAGUGAGGUGAGAAUUAAGACUUAUAAUUUAUAGAGUAUGGAACUUGGUAAGACGAACCAUUCAGAAAAAAGAAUGGAAGAAGAGUACAAUGGAAGAUGGAAUCAUGGCGGUUGUUUUUAGUCCAUGCUAUUAAUAUAUUAAUUAUGUGACGAUGAGUACAUAACGAUCAAAAUUAGCAAAUCAAGUAAACAGCAAGACAAGAUAACUCAAGUAAAGAAAACCUCUCGAGACCAAUUGUUCAAUCCAAGUGUAACAAGUGCUUUUGACCGUAAUAAAAGAUCUGAUCGUGAAGCUGUUCGGCUACUUAUUCCUAUUGCUGCAGCCCUUGGUCACGAUCCAAAUGCACUUCCUAUUUCACGUAGCACUAUUCAACGAGCGCAGUCAAAUGCUAGGCAUAAAAUUUCUAAAGCAAUGAAAGAUAAUUUUGAGCCAACUUGCCCAUUAGUAAUCCAUUGGGAUGGAAAGAUACUUCCAGCAAUAUUUGGGGAAGGCUCAGUUGACAGGCUACCAGUUUUAGUUUCAGGUGAUAAUAUGGACAAACUGUUAGGUGUGCCAAAGGUGAGCUCUGGAACUGGUGAGAAUGAAGCAAAUGCUGUUCACAAAUUGUUGGUGGAGUGGCAGCUGGUUGUGAAGGUUCAGGCUAUGUGCUUUGACACAACCUCAGUAAAUAACGCAGAAUAAAUGGAGUAUGUGUUGGCGUUGAAAACAGGCUAGGUUGUGAACUUCAUUGGUUAGCCUGUCGUCAUCAUGUAAUGGAGAUCAUCUUGUCAAAGGUUUUCACCAUCUACUGAGGACCUUCAAACUCCCCAGAUAUCCCGCUUUUUAAACGAUUCAAAGGCUGUUGGAGUGUCAUCACCAGGCAGAAUUUUUCAGAAUUCCAGGUGACACCUGAAGCUUCCAGUUUAUCAGAUGCAACCAUUGCAGGCCUGACCAAAGAGCACCUAAAGGAACAAGUCAGAGAUGAUUACAUGGAGCUUAUUGAGUUGACUCUGAUUGUUUUGGGACAUCCACCGAGUACAAUCCACUGGAGGGCUCCAGGACCAGUACAUCGUGCUUGCUGGAUGGCAAAAUUAAUUUAUGCCAUGAAAAUAUAUCUCUUCCGCAACCAAACAGAUGUAUUCAAGCUUACAAAGAAAGAAGAAGCCCAAGUUGAGCGCUUUGUUAAGUUUGGUGCACUAAUUUACACCAAGCAUUGGGUAACUCCUCCCCGUGCAACUGAAGCUCCAUCCAGUGAAUUACAGCUGUGGACUGAUCUCAGCAGUUACCAGAUCAUCGAUCCUGAUAUCAGUACAGAUGCAAGAAAGGUCCUAGAAAAUCAUCUCUGGUAUCUUUCAGACGAGCUUGUUGGAUUAGCCCUGUUCUCAGAUCAUGUGACAGCAGCUGCAAAGAUGGGAAUUGUGCAGGGAAUGACCUGUGAGGCUGGCGAACGAAAAGUGCGUGGAGAUUCAUCAAUUCUAAUGAAACCAGAUGUAUGUUUUGGUGACUUUGCAACUACCAGAACGGGGAACCUUCUUUGUUGUCAUAACAUUGACAGCGCCUUUCUUGUUUUGCCACCACAAGAGUGGCCUGCAAGUGAACAGUAUCGAUAUGGCCAGACACGAUUCAAGUCAUGACGUGUUGUGAACGACACUGCAGAGCGAGCGGUGAAGCUUUUUGAAGAAUACAACACAUUGCUUACUAUCGACGAAGUAGAAAAACAACUCUUAUUGCAAGCAGUAGUAGUGAAAGCAAACCGCAAGGCUGUUCCAACACAAAUCACCAAAAAGUCUGCUGUUCAGGCCUUAAUGUCAGAAUGACAAUAACAUUGACUGAUAAUGCACGCUUUUGUGACUUGAAUUUGAGUUGGUUAAAUUUUCAAGUUUUUUGAUGGAACAGCACAAUUUGACCUUUUAAUUGAGACAAAUGCCAAUAACCAUAUGUUUAAGCUUAGUGGUUAAUUUGAAAAAGAGUGUUGAACUGCUGAUAUUAAAAAGCUAUUGCUGGUUGUAAUUUUAAAACAUUCAACAUAUGCAUAUUGCUUCAUUUUGCUCAAAUUUCGUAAAAUUGGGAUAUUAUAUUGCUCUUGAGCACCGUCUUGUAGUUAGAAUUUAAAGCUAAAACUUUACCAAAACAUUACUAUUAGCAGAUGUAAAAACUUGAGAGGGUGUCUUGCUCUAGAGCACACAUUUCAUUUUUUGCCAUAUCUCAAUGAACCACCCUAUUGGUCACUAACAGCCAUCUACUAACUGCAAACUCAAACAGUAGUUACUCAAGUGGGUUAUUGUUUGCACCACUACUGAAAGAUGUCACAUUGGAUUAAGUAUGGAAAUCAAAUUAUGAAAAUUUUGUAAUAUUUUGCAACGCCCCUGUGAGGAAGCCCCAGCAACCAGUAUAGAAAAAUGUGCACACACCCCCACCCCGUGCGGACCAGUAAAGGAUUAUUUUUAGCGCCCCUUGUCUUUGUGAAGCAAAUAUUGACGUUUCUGUUGCCCUGAUUUUGUGCUUCUGUUGUUCUUCGCCCCAUUCUCAUGGCCCUGCCUGAGGGCAACGAGCACUCAGGGCGAUGCGGUUUGUAUUCUGGGAACCACUUGGUGUGCCAAUCACCAGUGGUGAAACAUAGUGUCGCAUUUUGUCUAGUUAAGUAACAUAUAAUUAUGUAAAGAUUAUUGGAUUUAGUUGUUUUUUUUUUUGCUUAGGGGGCGUCAAGAAAAAAGUGCCUGUGCAACAGCGGGUAGACUUUUUGCGUAUGUACUAUAUAGAUGACCCCCUCUAUGCGAUUGUUUUCUUGGGCACUGUAUGACACAAUUUUAUGACAUAAUUAUUUCAUACGGUUGACCAAGGCGAGAAAAAUAGAGAAUCCAUUCUCAACUGGUCUGCUCAGCAACAUUAGAUUUUGACAUAUUUUAUAGGAUGGGGAGGGGGGGGGGGAUCUAUUUUUAAAAGGCGCAAAACAGCUGUAUGAUUUUUAAUAUCCUCUUUUUCCCUUCACCCAUUUUAAGCUUUUGAUCUGACUUCGAGAUGAGCAAUAUUAAAUUUUACAACUAACUAUAUUUUUACCAGUGACAGACUGUGAUAAUAUGAUCUGCACGUUCACCUAAAUAUUAAUUGAUAUCUGUAGCAGAUACAUGUCUGUAAAACAAAGUGACCACAGUUAGCAACAUAAAUGUCAGUUAUCUACAUUUUACCUUCAGUUCACUUUUUUGACGCCAGCUUAACUCAAUUCCACUAGACAUGCCAUGCGAGUAGUUAUUGUAUACAUUAUAUAUGCUAUAUUUUUAUUUAUUUAUAUGCAUACUAUUAAGAUACUGUAUUGCACGAUUUUGAUAUUUGUACGAUUUUAGGAGUUUGGGGGUAAACAGGUCUGGAGUAGGUUAAAAAUUAUUUCAAUCUGACCUUGCCACCAAGGAACUGUUGAAAACCUGAAAAGUGAUUAUCAGGAAUGCACACAGUAACAUGCAAUACGAAUAUAAUAUCAUAAUGCAAUGCAUUAUAAUAGUCAUAAUUUAUUUCUUUGAUAGCCAUUAAAAUAUGUUAAGUCUAUUAUGGAUAAUUUGCCAACAAUUAUCAUCACUAGUCCAUAGUUAAAUCGCUAUUGUUUCUUACAUUGUUAUGUCUACUUAAUUCCUAAGGAAUUACAGGAAUUUCUGAAUGGAUUUAAAGCAAAAAAAAUCAAGAUCAGUGACACCCUUGAUUCAGGUGAGUAAUAACAUUUCAACAUACAAAUUGGUAAUAUUUUUCUCAUAAAAGCAAAUAAUGUAGGCCUAUUCAUUAGGACUGAAUUUUUUAAAAUGUUAAAACAUAGUUUAUAAUUGUAGUAUCAACGACAUGCAAAGUACAAAAUCUCGAUUGUGAUGCAUGCAAGAUUUAAAAAAACACACAAAAACAACUUAUCCUUGCACCUAAAGUAAAUAGUGGAUAACACAUAUAACAAAGCAUCACCAAUAUUGAUAAAUAAGUCACCUUUGAUGGUUUGGAUUGGUCUCAAGGAUUUUAGGUAUGCAAAAUUUCUGAUUUUGAAAAGGUUUCUUUACACAUUUACUCAUACAGCCCUGGUUACCCUUGAAAAUGGAAAUCAAGUUGAUGAUGCUGUUGAAAAACUUAACAACAAAGAAUUUAAAGACAGCACUGUAACAGUAAAACCAGGCCAUAGCAAUCAGCUCAUUUGCAUUGCUCAUUUCCCACUUUCCUACACUGAAGCUCAAUUCAAGGAACUCUGCCAAAAAUAUGGAACUGUGGAAUACUGCUACAUAAUGAGAUCAGAUGAGAAUGGUGAGUCAUAAUGAUCAUUGAGAUUAAAUGUUAGUAUAGUGCCCAAAUUUUGAUAGUCAUUUAAUACUUACAGUAUAUUUUUGUCUUUACCCCAUUACAUAGAUCGCACCCUUAAUUUUGGGGUUGUCAAAGUGAGUACUCUUGAUUGACCCGCAGUUAGUGGAGUUACAUGGCCCUUGUUUAACAUAAAUGUAAUUAAUAUUUAAUAAACAGAAAUCACAAAAAUUUUUCUAUAAUAACUUGAAAGUGAACAGCAGUCUUCAUAAAUGAUGCGAUUCAAUAAAACUACCUCCUUGCCCUCUACUGAUGUGUAAGCAAGGGAGAAAAUGCUUUACCAACGUUUCCUUUAAAUGAUUAAUCCACACUGAAUAAUAAAAACCAAAAUUGUUGUCAAGUAGAUACGUCGCACCCCUGAUUUUAGUAAAACAUUUUGAAAUUAGAGUAAUCUCAACACAGCAAUAAUUACUUUUAAAAUAUCGACAUAUUUUUUCUAUAUAUUUAUAUUCUUCUGUUUAGGUGACGGGAAAGGUUAUGGCUUAGUAGAAUUUGCUGUUGACAGUGAACAGGCAAAGUUAAUUAAAUCAGAGAUUGACUGGAAAGUUGUAGAUGGUCAGACUUUGCAUGCAGAUUUUGUGGAGGAGUCAUGUCAGACUUGGGAACGAUUACAAUCAAGAUGUUUGCUUAUCAACAAUAUGCCGGAAAAUUUUGUGGAUGUGUCUAAACUCAGGGAAAUGUUUGGUGUAGUGACUAGCCCAGUUUACUGCCAGGUUAGUUAAUUUAUAAUUAAUUGUUGAGUUGUUUAUAGAAGCAACUGGUUUGCUUUCAAUUGUUGUAUUCUUUGUACUUCGUCAUUUAGAAAAGAACUCCUCUAAAAUGUCACGACCUGCUAUCAGAAAAUAGCAUAGAUUGGUAUGGUGCUCAGUAUAGUUGCAAAGCAAGAGCAUACAUAAUGAAUUAUAACCGAAUUUUUUUUAAUUGGACCACACAAGUAUAUUUUAAUAUGUUACAGGGAUGGGUAAAGCUCAAAUGGAGGUGCAGAGAGGUUAUAAGAUUUUAAGGGGAGUAGAGGAAUAGGGGGUUCAUCUUUUAUUGUGUGUGUUAAUAAAAAAAGUAUAAUUAUUACUAUUAUAUCUAUGUAUUAAAAAGUGGUUAACCUUAAUGCAGAAUAAUUAAAUUUUUUCUAAAAAAAUGUAAGGUAAAAUGCAUUAAUAAAAUAAAUUUGCAAAAUGUUCCUUAUUAUUUCCUGCUCUAAAAAAGUAAUAUUUCAGUAAACAUAUACCUUAACAAAUAUGUUUUUUUAUUUUUGCCCCACAAGAUUAUUGCAAAAGGAGAAAAAUCACUAGGCUAUGGCAUUGUUGAGUUUCGGACCGCAGAGGAUGCUGAACAAACUUGGUUUAAGUUAAGAGAUCAGAAAAUUCAAGAUAAAGAAGUGGUACUGACAUUCUGUAUACCUGGGAAGUCUGCUGUGGUCAUUAACAAUAGAAUUAUGUGGAAAUUUGUAAGUGCUUUGCUUUGCAACCUUUUCUUAAAUAUGACAAUCAUUGAAAAAAUUAGAAUUUGAAUUUUCUUGUUACUGGUGGUCUUAACAAUGUUGUAUUAUUUUAUUAGUUAGAGCAAGGCUGAUGAAGAAAACACAUUUUAUUAAGUAGAAAACAAAAUGCAGCAAUGUCACACAAACUCAUUUUGAUUCCUUAGGGUGAUAAGCUUACAAGAAGUAGCAGUCUCUUGCCCGAUCCUGUUUCAGCAAAGCCAGUGAUUGCUGGCAAUCCUAUAGUUAUGAGUCUUACAAAACUAAAUUCAGGGUGUAAGUAUUAAUUAUAAUUUUUUCUUUUUCACUUUUGCUAAAGUCGGCACACAUCCUGUCCUUGAAAUUUUAUUAAAUGAACUUGAAAUUAACUAAAGCUGAAUCACUAUUAUUAUUUAUUAUUAGUCUUCAUUUUAUAAAUUUAAAAAAUGUCAUACUGGUCAUUAAAUUGUUUGCAGUGAUGGAUGACUUCACCAAAGUUCUGGGGGAACUGCAGCAAGCAUAUGUUUCUCAAAUGAUGUCUCCAGUUAACAAACCAGGUAUUUUUUUUAAAGAUUAUCCUAUUUUGAUAAUUAAAAUUUUAAGUUACAACAAAAGACUUUAAUUCAGUUAAAUUUUGUAUAAGUGAUAAGUAUUUUAAAUUUAUGUAUUUUAAAAAUUGUCUUUGAAGUCACACGGUAACAUAUUAUAAAUUGAAUAGUCAAUGUAUAUAUAUAUAUAUAUAAAAUAUAAAAAAUUGUAUUUAGGUUUUUGGGAAAAAAUCAAAGUUUAUUAACUUUUAAUGGUCUAGGCAGUAUUAUUCAAUAUUGUUUUGUUUUUUUAUUUAAAGAAAUUAAGGCAGUCUUUACUACUCACUAAAGCUUAAUUUAACUGCUAAGAAGAAUAAAAAAAUCCCCCAAAAGAAAUCUAUACUAUGUUUCAAAGAUUAUAUGAAAUAUAUGUCACUCUCUAUGAACAAAAAUGCCAAACAUAAAAAAUCAAUUCCAUUAAAGGUAUCCAUGGUUCAAAGCUUGACUAGGAUUUGUGGAAAAAAAAACAAAUGAUCUUCACGCAUUCAAAUAUUUUUAAAUUUUCAUGUACAUAGUAAGAUACAUUUACAGAAAAAUUUGUUAUAAAAAUAUUGUCUUAGAAUUCUUACAGUUGCAGUUUGAGUUAUCUACAAAUGAAUUUUUUCAUUACAGUUAUUUUCAAGCCUUGUAAAUUGAUUAUACAUUUGUGUACAUAUUUAUUCAUAAGCUUAUUAUUGAAAGAAUAGCAACAAGGAAUGAUAAAUGGAAAUUGAGAUGGCACUAAAGCUGGCUAAAACUGUAUUGGAAUAAUAUGCCAAACUUUAAAAUUGUGUCUUCCUUUAUUUCUGCAUGAUAUCUUGUUCAGAUGCUUUGAAUAAUUUUUUUAUUGCAAUAUACUAAUAUAUUUGUUGUUUUUUUUCCAUUUGCAAUUUUUAAAAAAAAGUAUAUGAUUGUUCUAAAUGAACAAAGUAACUUGAAUUAUUAUAUAAUUAAAUACUUUCAAACUUAUAUAAUUUCUGAAUCUUAUAUUAUUAUAGAUAACUCAAAAAUUUUUAUGUAUUUGUUUUUCAAACAUUUCUUGAAAGGAUAACUACACCUUUCUAUAGUAUGGAAGUUAUUUGCACUUUUUUCAGACUAGUUUUUAUAAAAUGUAUAUGUUAAAGCUUUAUUGAUUUAUUUUAAAUUGGUUUAUGUUUUUAUAGUUUGUGUUAAAACCUGUCUUAAAAUGUCCAGAUUUGUGCAACAAGUAUUUUGUGGAAAGUUUUUAUGUUUAUUGAUGUAGUGUUGUGACUUCUUUCAGGGCCAGGCUGAUGGGUUUGGCAGUGAGAAAAGUGAAUUCCGUCUUCUACUUCCUUUUCAAGGCUCAGAUACUCAUGGUAGACUUGACUCGUCUCUGACACAGACAUACACAUUUGCUCCAAAUUACAAUUACACAUUCAGUUAGCUCUGGAUAGGUCAAAGUGGUUUGUGGAAACCUGACACAAUUUUUAACAGAAACUUUAACUCCAAUUUAAAAUCAAAAUUGCAAAUCACCUUGACCUGUCAGAAUUUGAUCAACUGCAUUUUCUUUGUUUUAGCUUUCUAUUCAGAUAAGAUUGCAGCUACAUAAAACUAUACAAACACGUCCAGUUCCACUGAAUCACUCACAAAAAGGGACCAAGUUUUUGUUGUGUUGGAGGCUCUUUGAUCUUCUGUCUGUCUCUCGUCUGUCUUCCAGAUUCCGGAUGAAUAAGUAUCAUCAUCUUUUUCCUGCUGUCUAUCUCUCGUCUGUCUUCAGUGCCUAAUGUCUGUUUAACAGUUUCCAUAGAAUAUGUUUUUCUUGAAAUUACUCUCUCUUUAUUGUCAAGCAAGAAGCUGUAAUUAUGUUCAUACCAUUUUUUCCAGUAUCCUCUUUGUCUUUCAUGUUAAUGUUCAAGUUCAAACAAGAUUUUUAUCCAUAUUCUAUAUUGUUCCAUUAUCAAUCAUAUUUCACCAAUGUUGCUCCCCUAUAUAUUUUACAUUUCAAAAACACUUACAUUGCUGCUGCCAAAAAAAAUAAUUAAAUGUCCAUCCCUUUCACCAUAGAGCUGAAAUGCCAUAAAUCAAUAAUGAGUUUUUGUUUGAUAGCAUACAUGAUCCAACAUCAGUUCUAGUAACUCCUGACCUUUAUCAUGUGUUCUUGUUGUCAAGUCAUCAGUUUAUAAUUGUGUUGCUCUUGACAUCCAUUUUAUGAGGCUGUUCCACUUGUUCUUGUGCUGCUGUUCAAAAGUCUUACGCUGCUACUGUUUUUUGUUGUUCGAUUUUAUAUAUAACUACAAGCAACAGGCUCUUUAACUUGAUCAAAAUGUGAAAAGGACAAGGAAAAAAAACCUUACAUUAUGAAUUCUAAAGCAAACCAUCUGUGAAUUUGAGACACAAUAUUAAGAGUAAAUAAGUUUUCUGCAAUGAGGCUAAAUUUGUUUCCUUGCCCCACCUAUGCCAUUUUGAUCAAGAAGAACAUGACAUAAAAUUGCUCUUAUGAAAGCUAGCAAUCCUGCAUUUGUUUACUUUAGGUCUCCUAGGCCCCGCACCAUCUCUUCCUCUGAGCCCAAUGAUGAACCCGAAUAUGCAGCUGGGUCUGCUUGUUAUGUUGGCAAUACACAUUCAAGCUGCUAAAAGGGAGCAGGUAACUUGGCUAAAUAUAGGGCGCUACAUUUAUAAAUGAUUGUCCUACUUGUUAUAUUAAUCAAAAAUGCUUUUCUGUGGUGGUAGUCAUUGCAUAAUAAGAUCAAUUUUUUCAAAGAAUUUUUUUGUAAACUUUCAUUUUUCACACAAUUGUAUAUACUUUUGUUUCCUUUCUCUGACAGUUUACUGGAGUUCUAGCUAAACAGUUAAAUACUUUGAGUGAGCAGGAUGGGAUCACUGAUGUAAGUAUUAAUUGUAAGGUCAUACUAGACAGCAGGGCUAGCCAUAUGGUCAUCAUAGAUAGCAGGGUUAGCCAUAAGGUCAUAGUAGAUAGGGGUAGCCAGCUGCUUGAAAGACUUGGAAUAAUUUUAGUUCAAUUAAACUGCCUGAAACAGCUUAUUAAGAUGUGUUGUUUAUUAUUUAGCAUAUUGUUAUUCAAUGGAAGCUUACCAGCCACUCAUUUCCCACCUCUGUUAAAUAGACUGAAAAGUAAGAAUAAACUUUAAAAUUUUUGUUUUUAUUGCUUACUUGAUUUAUAAAAAAUAUUUCAACUAGCUAUACUUUCUAUUGUUUCAAAAUAGUGAAAUCUUGACUGCCAUUAUUUGCCAAAUCUUGUCCACAGGCUAGAGGACCAAAACCAUCCAUCCUUGGUGAUCCGAUGACAGGACAAGCUAAUGUCAUACUCACUAGUCUAAAGCAGCAGCUGAACCAGGUGCCUCUUACAGGCGAGGACGGCAGAGACUUAAAAGAGCCUGAGGUCCCCGGUGAAAGACUAAAGUACAUUGUAAAAAAAUUUGUAGCCAAUGGACGCUACUUGAAUCUCAGUCUUCUAAACAAUUUAGGCCAGCUUCUCGUCACCAUGAAGCAGAGUGACAUUAGUGUUCGACCAGGUUAGUAUGUUUGGAAGAUGAUUUUAUUGGAAGCAUUUUACAGAUACAGAAAUUGAUACGAAGAAGGCUGAUCUCAGCUACUAAAUUGUGUACAAAUAUGAAACCACCCAAGUUGAGAAUCAAUUUCUUACUGUAAGUGCUUUCAAAGUGGCUGAUUAUUCUUUGGCUAAAAUAAAGGAGCACUAUGUCCUGUAAAAUGAAUUUAAAAAUAAAUGUAUUUGUGGUACUAGUCAAUGGAUCAAAGCCUGCAGGAUCUGUGCAUUGGCUCAAUUUAAAAGAAUAUACCUUUUGCAUUUAUUCCUAUCAUACUUAAAACUCAAUGUUAUCCAAGAAAACAUGUUCCUGUACUGUGUACUUGGUUCGUAAAAUUGAUAUGUUUUUUGUUUUUUUCCCUCUCUUCCUUUUAAAAGUGAGUGCAAAUAAGUUCUAUUACCUUACAAUGAACACAUUUAAUUGAUUGACAUUUUCAAAAUAGAUUAGAUUCUGCUUAGUGUGUGAUACAUGGAACCAUUUGUCUAUUAGUUUACUUUAGUCUCUUAGGGUAAUAGUUCAAAAGUUUUGCAAAGAAUUGAAAUGAAAAAGGGGAAACUUAGACUAUAGCCUUUAAGUGUCAUUUCAUUUGAUAUUACUUCUUAAUGUUUGGUAAUUCAUCAAAAUCUUCUUUUUUUCCAGGUGUUAAAGGCCAAUCCCUCUUAGGUCCAAUGCCAGGAGUAAACCCCCAGCCCCUCAUGAGCAAUCCUAUGGGUGGAAAGGGUACAUCACUCUUAGGAGAUCCUCCAAUUAUUUCACCUCAACCACUUAUGGGUACCAAUGUGGGCACUGCAAAUGUCAAUGCCUCCAUCAUGCAGGCCAUGGGACUUAAUGUGGGAAGCGGUAGCUCAAUGGGAAACAUGGGCCAUAGUCUUCUUAGCCAGAUCAGCCAAGGGUUAGUACAUCAGAUUGGACAAAAUCUUCUGUAUCAGAUGUCUGUGGGUCAAGGAGGUCAGGGAACAACUCCCAACACCUCUGGCCGAGGUCUUCUAGGAGAUAUUCCCAGUGAUGUUAAUCAGAAAAUAAAACCAAACGUUACAGGGGGAAAGUCUUCACUUCUUGGUGAACCCCCUGUGCACUUGAAGCAAACCACAACACAGAGUACUGGGACCAACACUCCCCUUGAUCAGGGAACUUGGAAAGGCAUAGACGCAAGGUAAUGUUUUGUUUUGUGUGCAUGCAAAAUGUGACAUCACUCCCAGAUUUAUUGUUUGUCUGAAACUUUUUUAACAUUGUUUAAAUACUAAAUAACUCACUUAUUAAUUUCCUUGGUGGCUGGCUAAUCCACAUAACUAUUUGACUUGUCUAAAAGCUAUUUUUAAAUCUUUCUCUUGAUAUAAUUUUUGUGCCGUUUGGCCGAAAAUAAUUACCACUUUGAGUUAAUAUCGAUCUGUGCCGUUUGUUUUUCUAUCUCUUUGUUUAUUUUAUUCACUAGCAUGAACUGGAUCCAUAUGUUUAAUUUGCUUUACUUUGAAAUCAAGAAUGAUAUGAAUUAAUUAUGGGGAGUCCAUCAAGUAAAUACAUUUCUAUGGUGAACUCUAAUCAACUUAACACAUAUGAAGAGAUUUUUAUUGUUUCAAUCAAACGUUUCACACUAGGAUAGGAAUAACUUGAAAAAAACUGAGGUUGGUACUUACCCAGAUAUGCAGAGUAUUAGCUCACCUGGAACAUUCUGGACCAGGAACACACAAAAAAAUGGUACCGGAUCAAUCCAGUGUCUUACAAAACAUUUUUUAACAAUUAGCACUUUUUUUUAACAUUUGCCAGAAUUAAAUAAACAAUAGGGAUUGGUGCAAAAUUAAAUGUAAGCUGAAUGUAACUACAAAGCUCUUGAUAUAAUAAUGUAAUAGUUGCGUAUUUUUUAAAAUUAUUUACGAUAAUCAAGGUAAUGCUUUUUUCAACGAAAAAAAAGAGUUCAUUCCAUAGAUGCCAGUAGCUGAUUGAAAACUUUGACACACAUUUUGGCAGCUCUUUUCAUUUUUUCAUACAUUAGAAUUUUUAAGUGAUUUUUGACGUUAUUUUAUUAUAUUUUUUUCUUUGUUAUGUUGUCUCAUUUUUGUGUGUGCCUAAUAUACUUAUAAUCGUGUGAAAAUUUAUCAAAAAUCUUUGGGGGAUGGACUUACAUAGACCUUUAUACAAAGCCUCUGCCCUUCGGUGCCCUUAUUUCUGCCUCCCACCACCCCCAUUCAAAAUUACAGUAAUAAAAUAUUUUUAUCUUUAAAAAAAAUCUCUGCCCACCCCCUCUCCUAUUUCUGGUUGUGGGUUGCCACAAAUUUAAUUGGCAAAUAUCAUCACUAAAAAUGUUGAGAAACGUUGGGCUAGGAUUAUAUCCUUACACUGUUAGUGUUUUGAAGCUUUCAGCGGUGACGCAAUCAUGAUCGCUACUGGUUCUAUGCAAGCACAUUUCACUUCUCCCCAUUAGUUGGAACAGUCUCUCAAUUUCUUCAGAUUAUUCCAGAAUUGUAAUUACCGGAGAGGCUGUAUAAAACUGCAGCUGGAUUACCCCCAUUCACUACUGACUAUUGUCUUCAUUUUUCUUUUCAGGAAAAAAAUGGAAAUGUCCUUUGAUGGUAACAAUCAAAUGGAUAGGUGAGUAUCAAUAUUGUAUAAACCAGGGGUGGGCAAACUACGGCCCCCAGGCCGCAAACUGAUAUUAUGCGCCCCUCGAAGGCAUUUGAAAAUAAAAAAAAUUACUUUGUUUUUAGGUUAUUUUGUAGAGUUUUACAGAAUUUCAUGUACCGUUAUGAUUGGUUUAACAUUUUUGAUCAAUUUUUUUUCUAAUUUACUUUUUCUUAAAAUGUCCUUGACUUUUGUCAUGUAAUGCUAAAGUGCAAAUUUACAGAUUUUAAUAUAGAGAAAUGUUUAUCUAUAUGUAAAAGUUAGACAUAAUAGGCCCCCCAAUAGCUUUACAUUUGUCAAUGUGGCCCUCUGCCCACCCCUGGUAAAAACUAAUCUAGAAAUCUACUUAUAUAAACUAUCGUUUUUGUCAUUCUAGCUGGUUAGCCAACAAAUAAAUUUGCAAAAGUUUUUACUAAAAAUCUUCUAUCCACAAGUUACCCUUUGAAAAUUUAAAAAAAAAAAAGCCUCUCAUUUUGUUUUCCGUUGUUUUUUUGUCUUUGUUUUUUUAAAUAACAUUUCUUGUUUUUCUGGGGUACGUGGGUAUGUAGCUAAUGUUUUCCCAUCAUGUGCUUAAUAUUAUGGUGGACAUUUAUGCAUUUGACUGUCUAAUUAAUUUCUUUGUUAAUUGCAGAUGGGGAAGUGGAGCUUAUGAGAGUGGCUACGGCAAUAAAAGUGGAGCCGGUGGUGGUUACAAUGACUACAGCUAUGGCAAUGAUUCCUAUGGUGUAAGUCAACUUUUAACAUAGCUUUAUCUUUAUAUUAUAAAAAAAAUAAUCAAAACCUUUAUAGAGCUAUAUUUCAUGCCUCACAUGAAGUGUUUCCCCUCUAAAUCAAAGUUUGCAGAUGGGUAUUGACACAAGGCUAUUUUAAAUAUAAACUCCCCUCUCCGUAUAUUCAAAUAAAAUAUGAAGUCUUCUAUAGGAACAGAACUAAAUAUUUUUUGUGGUUGUUGGCUUAAAAGGUUUCAGUAAUUAGAUGAUUGAUUGAUCUCAUUUCUUGUAUAUUUGAAAUGUUGUUUUAGGGCACCGUUAAUAAGGAUUAUUUCUUUCAAUGUAGGAAAUGGGAGGCUAUAGUGGUUAUGGUGAAGGAGAUUUAUACAAUGACCAAUCAGUGAGUAUUCAGUUUAGCUCACAUGAAAGGCAUGAUGUUGUUGUUAAUUGUGAGCGAGAAAGCUGACAGUGAAGUUAGUACCAGAUUUCAUUCCUGUUAUAAGAGGGCUUUCAGAAUUGUUUUUCAUAAAUGAAUAGAAUAAAUUUUUUGCUGAAAGAGAUACUCAUUGAUUGGGAGUUGAUAUUGAUCUUUCAAAUCCAUAAUUAUAUGGCUACCAUCAUUUGUGACCUUGAAAGAUUUUUAAAUUUAGAAUUUCCAAAUUCUAGAAAUUAAGCCUUUUUAAAUGUUCUUCAUCUAGUAUCUUGAAGUACACAAAUGAUAGGAACUUAAAGGCCCUUAACUGCAUGCACUGUUUUUCAUUGUUGUCUCCUUAUCUUGUUAUUUUAUUUGUCAAGUGUUCCUUUGCAAAUCGUCAUGCUCCUCUUUUUUGUUGUAUUAUUAAAAACCUAAAAUGUUAUGACUUUACAAGCUUUAUGUAUUAAGUUACGAAUAAAUUAACAGUUUUAUUUUUCAUUAAAUAAAUUAACGGUCUUGUUUAUAUUUUUGAAAAAAAAAUUCAAAAUAGGACACAUAAAAUAAAGAGAAGGAUAAUUGUGGUAUGUCCUUUAGACCAUUUAAUUGAAACAUGUCUUCUUGGCCUCACCACUGAGAGAACUAAGGGUAUCAAAAACUUAACACCAAAUAUGUUGUCUCCACGAUAAAUAGAAAUAAAAACUACUUUUUUUAUAUCACAUUUUAAAAAAAAUUCCAACUGUAUUGAGAUCAUUGCAUUCAGUUUCCAAAGAUUUGCUUUGCCUCAUUUCUUCAUCAUUUGCACAAAUCUCCCAUCAAUGUCAACAAACUGUACACAUUUUUGUUGAUUGGCUCAGCAUGUUGUCUUUUGUUUGGCUGUUCUAUAGUGCAUACCUACUUGUAGUUUGUUCAUCAUAGCGUCAUCGUGCAUGUGGUGAAAUGACCACCCACCCACAUGUUUGUUUCAGUAUUAUGGAUGCAAUGGACAAGUGGAUAAUGUCUACCAGACUGAUUAUGGUUAUCACAGCCAGGUACAUAUAAUGGCUGUCUUUUGUUUCUCAAUGAUUUAUCAUUUCAUUGCAAGGGCGUAGAAAAUAGCAACUAAAAUUUGUAAAUGUUUGAAGUGCAAAAAAAAAAAAAUUUGCUUAGCUUUUUUAAUGUUGUGAAUGCACAUGCAUUUAAUUCAGCUUAUAAUAACUAUAGACUUUGUAAUUCAUUUUCUUGCUAGACACAGGGAUAUGAUAGAUUCCUUUGGUUCUUUGUAAGUUUUUUCUUCAUUCAGCUAACCAUUUAUAGUAAUUCACAAUCUUUUAAUCAGACUAUGAAAACUUUGGUGGAGACUAAUAGAAAAUAACCCCAGAGUGUAUAAACUAAUUAAUUUUUGUUUAGUGCAGAAAGCAAAAUGUUGGUACUUUAUUGGUAUAGUUUUUUCUAAAAUUCUGUAUUUUUAAAAAUUGUUCUAAAACUUGUUUAAAAGUUCCAUUGCUAACCAUGACAAGCUUAUUGUAUGAACAGCUAUUCAGUUUUGUUUUGAUGUGCUUACUUUCCCAUGAAUAACACCAACACCCACCCCCCCCCCCCCCCCCCCCCCCCCGAUGCUGCUUGAAAUCUUGUAUUUGUCAUUGUGUUCAUUGCUGGGGAUAAUAAGCUCUAAACACGUCAUCACAAUUAUUGAUUUCAUUACAUUGAAGAAUAGAGACUUAUUUAGUUAGAAUUAUCUAGGACUGCUUUCUUAAGGUAUUUUUUUGUUGUUGUUAGUAAUGGUCUGUCUUCAUUGAAAUAAUUGAAGCUCCUUGUUUUUAAGCUAGUUUGUUGUGUGGUCUAAUACUUGACUUGCAAAUAUCAGCAAGUGAAAUUUUAAGUACAAAGAGAGGGUGAGGAGGGGUGGGCUUUGUAGUGUUAAAUAUGGCAUGAGUUUUUGUCAAAUUUGACAAGUCAGUGUGUCCUGGCAUGCAGGUUUGUCCUGACAUGCAGCUUUGUGCUGACAUGUUGGUGUGUCCUGACAAGUCAGUGCGUCCUUGCAUGCUGGUGUAUUGUAUGCAAUGCACUUUCACUGUGGGUUUGCACAUUGAUGUCUCUAACUGUUUGCAAUUGUUUGUUGAGUUGUUAAGGUGUAACGUCUUGUACUUUUCCAGUAUGGCACUGGCUAUGGUUCAGGUGUCGGAAUGGGUGGUACAAGCAGUAUGGGUGGUGCUGGGGGCCAUGGCAUGGGACAAGGCGGAAACCAAGCAUCAGGUGUGAAUUUCCAGGUACCAAGUUGUAGCCCUCAUUGGUUGAUAGCCAUUAAUCAUUGUGGGAUGGGGCAUCAUUAGAAUGGAUUCACAUGGUUCUCGCUUUAUAACAAAAAAAAUUCUGUACUCAACAAAAAAAUUGUGAUUAGCUUGAAAACACAUCGUGUUCAUUUUUAAAAAUAAGGGAACAUUUAGAAUCAUUUUUUUAUUUGAAUAAGAAGAUGACAUAAAAAGAAACGUGCAACUAAAUGUUUUCAUUGAUAUUUUAAGAUGGAGGACCAUUUGGUCAAUCCUUUGAGAAUGUGACCCUGAUCAUCCACAGUUAUUUCUUUUGUCACUGGAACACUGUUUUUUAACUUUUAUGUUAUUUUGAACUUUGGACAAUGUUAAAUUUAGUUUGAUGUUCAUUAAGUUGAAACACAUAGCCCAAUCUAGAACCCUGACAUUUACCCUGGUAGAGGUGUUCUGUAUGAACUCUUGACCUACACAAGAAUAUGGAAAAAUAUUUUUUCAGUGGAGAGUGCUCAUUUGUUUUGUACCAUACAAGACCUAUGAAAGAUAGAAAUAUAGCAUUUAUAUCCUUAAUAAUAAGCUCAGUACCCUAGCACUAUUUCUACUUUUAAUGUACAAAUGAUGAAAGGAAACCCUGAUAAUUACUUUUUUGAAAAGUGCUGACCUGUCCUUGAAAUUAAAAUGUAAGGUAUUUGUUUUGGACAGCAAUGUAAGUCCCAAGUGUAGUGCAACCUGUUCACCUUCAGCCUGUUCACCUGAGAUUUGUUUUAAUUGUCAUUUCUAUUCUGCAGGAUGGACAAACUUUCGGCAAAGGAGGCAGCGGUGGCCUUGGCCAAGAUAGUUCCAAAUUUGGGGGGGAUAGUUAUGGGACAGGGACAGGUGGUUAUGGGAUAGGGACAGGCGGUUAUGGGACAGGGACAGGCGGUUAUGGGACGGGGACAGGCGGUUAUGGGACGGGAACAGGUGGUUAUGGGACAAGUGGUUACGGUUAUGGGGGAAGGGAAGACCUUGGGAAUGGGUAUGAUCCUUAUGGAUCUGUAUCAGGCUCAUAUAAUACAUCCAUGGAUGAUUCAAUGGGUGGUGGGGGCACUGGC